AUCUAUCGAGACCAUUAUUAUAAAACUAGAAGAUUUGUACACAUGGCUAACAUUUAAAUUAUUUUUGCUGAAAUUUGCAGAAAAAAAAAUAAUAAAAAAUGGUCCAUAUUUCCAAAAUGGAAGACUUUCUUAACAUUCACAAAGAUCAGUUAGUGUCCUCGGGGAUUCCAAAAUACUUGUGGAGAACUUUAUAUAUAAAAUUAAUGAAUGAAACUUUUGAUGCCAGCUCCGCUUUUGAUUUAUUACGAAUUGAAGAUGAUAGCGAUGGAGGAGAAGACGUUAUCCAAUCAAGGUUAAUUCUUCAAGCAACAAGACAUAUAAAAGUUACAGAAUCUGAACAUAUAUAUCUCAUUGAUCACGCAUGGACCUACAGAAUCCAAGAUGCAAGAAAUCAACUUUUAUCGCACACCGGUCUUAGAGAAAGACUUUGCGACGUAUUUGGUUUGGAUACCAGUCAAGAUAAACAUGAAAUCGUCGAUCAACUCUUCAAUCUUAUGUGGAAAAUAAAUAAUUAUUACUCCAUUCGUAAUACUGUUAAUGUGGAAGAUAGUUUGCCAGUUUGGUAUAUAAUGGAUGAAGUCGGGACUGCUGUAACACAUAGUGAUAAACCAAAUUGUAGAAUUGUACCUUUUGUGUAUAUAAAUGAAAAAAUUACAUAUUCAUUACUAUUUCCUAUAACAGAUAUUGAAGAAGAUGAUAUAAUAUGUAGAGAUUAUGCGGAAGGUGUACAAGAUUCAAGUAGAAAAGAAGCUAUUUUAUUACCAUGGGUACAUAAAUCGUUUGAAGAUUUUAGUAUAACCCCUCCGGUACCUUCAAAAGAAUAUUUUCUUAGCGGUCAUAGUGAAGAAAGUUUACCAAAUCUAGAUAAUUUACAAAACAAAAAAAAUGUAAGUGAUGUCUUGAAAGUGUAUUCUCAGUAUAGCUUAGUUACUUCACAUUUACAUAGCAAUAGAUUUCAAAUAGUAGAUAAUGAAGAUGAUACUGAUAUUAUGUGGUUUACGGAGCAUUUUAAAGAUUUUAAUAAGUUAAGUGAAACCCCUCACAAAUUUAUUAAUCAAUUUCCAUUCGAAUACGUUUUAACAGUAAAAGAUCUGUUAUGUAUAACUUGUAGAAGAAAAACCGAUCAAAACUGGUUACCAAUAACUUACAAUUUAUUAACAGAACUUCCAAACUUUUUAAGCUACUACCAAAAAAGGGAAUCGGACGGUAUGGAAAACUAUUGGAUAGUAAAACCUUACAAUCUUGCCAGAAGCUUAGAUAUGCAUAUAACAGAUAAUAUAGAUUAUAUUUUAAGAAUUUCUAUAACAGGUCCGAAAAUAGUUCAAAAAUAUAUAACAAAUCCAGUGUUAUUUUACAGACCUGAAUGUGAAGGUACUGUUAAAUUCGAUAUUAGGUACGUUAUAUUACUCAAAAGUGUAGAACCGCUUCAAUGUUUUGUUUACAAAAACUUCUUUCUAAGAUUUGCAAAUAAACCUUUCGAGUUGAACGAAUUUGAAGAUUACGAAAAGCAUUUUACUGUUAUGAACUAUACUGAAAACGUUCAAUUGAAACACAUGAAAUGUAACGAUUUCAUAUUAAAUUGGAAAAUUCAAUAUCCAGAUAAUGAUUGGAACAAAGUGGAACAAUCCAUAUUUAAAAUGUUGAAGGAAGUAUUAGAAUGUGCUAUUAUUGAAAAACCUCCUUGUGGAAUAGCACACAGUCCUCAAUCGAGGUCUCUGUACGCUGUUGAUCUUAUGUUGGAGUGGACGGAAGACAAAGAAAUUCAGCCGAAAAUUUUAGAAGUUAACUUCGUUCCUGAUUGUGCUAGGGCCUGCGACUAUUACCCAGAUUUUUAUGAUGAUAUUUUUGGGGUUUUAUUUUUGGAUCGUAAAUGUGAUACUAUAUUACCUUUAUAAAUUAUAUUUUGUUUCAUAAAUAUUAACAUUUUUUUGAGAUA